AUGACGCCAAAGACCCGUUCUGGCAGGGAAGUCGAGGCGGCUGCUACAAUUCUCAUGGACAUGGCCGAACCACGUUGGAACGCCAUCAACGUCGACAAGGAUAAGGAGAACGAGAACGUGGAUGCUGAGGACGAGACUACAGAGACGUUAGACCAGCAGAUGGAACCCGCGAGAGCCUCUCUGUCCUUCAGACAAGUCGCUGGUAGCCACCCAGCCAGUUCAUCGCCGUCAAGCUCGGCUAUCCAGUCACGUUCCGCUUCUGCAACCUCAUCACAGCCUGUGUCGACUACUACUUCGCAGACUGUUUCCAGAGCUACGUCGCGCACUGCCUCAGCAACUUCAUCGCGAGCCGUCUCGACCACUAACGCCUCGUCAUCCACUCCGGCUUCAACCACAUCUCUCACUGCUGCAUCCAUGGCAGCUCUGACCGUAGAACAGCGAACUCUUCAACAAGCCCGUUUCGCCAUGACAGCCCCGGAACGCGCUGCUCUUGGCCUCAAAAGUUACUGUCACUACGAUCUCAACAACAAUCGACUCGGCAUUCUUUGGCAGACCAAGAACGAGAACCGCACCUUCCGCCAGAGCCAGAGAAGACAAGGUGCUGUCCGUCUUCGCGCCGGAACUACCACUGGUCUAAAGUUCCCGCGUCGUCGUGAUGCUUGA